AUGGCCACCACAACCCUCACUGCUAAAGAGGGUCAAGAUGCCGCAGUACAGCCCAACCCGUACACAAUCGUCCGCAAGACCACCCAGGUAGAUCGCAUGUUCUAUGUCUACCAUCGCCUUGGGAUUCAAGCAAACGUGUUGGUCGCAGCUCGCUACGCCUCGGCGAAGACCGGUCAAAACCUCGACCUGUCAGAUGAGACAGUUUUUGCAGCCCUUCAUGCCGUCGUCACCAAGUGCCCAGAGCUUGGCCUGGUUGGCGUCAAAGAAAUGAACGAAGAUGGAAAGCACUUCCUUUCUUUGGCCUCACUUAACACAAUCAACCUCGACAGCUGCGUUGAGUUCAUCGACCACAACGUCCCACCCCUUGGCUCAGACCUGUUCGAGAAGCUCCACAGCGAGUGGCUCUGGGCUGAUGGAGAAGUGAGACCCGGUCAGCCAUGGUGGAAAGUGCUUAUCCUCGGACGUCGCGACGUCGUCUUCCUCUUCCACCAUCUCGUCUGCGACGGCUCGUUCGGCAUGACCUUCCACCGCGAAUUUCUUGCGUCGCUCAAUGCCGCAGCCGCCUCAGGAAUGAGACAACAAGCUCCAAGGGAGGUUCACUUGAACCCUGAAAGAAUGAGACUAAACGAGAGAGUCAAGAACACUAUCCGGAAGAAGCCAUCCGCGCUUGGUGUCAUCUACAGCUUCCUAAGCUUUGCCUUCCUCCGGUACUUCUACUCAAAAGCCCUCUUCUUUACGGACUUUGCCCCGCCCAGGAAGUUUCUCAAAGAUUCAUUGGGUAACCCUUUGCCUCAAGACCGGACCUCCACACAGGUUUACAACUAUCGCAUCCCUGCUCAAAAGAUGGAAUCUAUUUUGGCUGCUUGCCGUAGCCACGGGACAACUUUCACUCCUUUGCUUAUGGUCUUGAUCACUGGCACUUUAGCAGCGGACCACUAUCGCAAGGCAAAGGUUGGAUUCACACGGUACGCAGUAGACAUGCGACCAGUCUGUGACUUUGAGGAUCUGGCAGCUGGUCAGGGCAAGAUGCUCAACUUAGCUGCCAGCGUCCCAGAAAAGGAGCGUCUCGGAAAGUACCGAAAAGUCCUUCCCACGAUGUUUUCAGGUGAUGGCAUACAACAGUCUAGGGCGUACCUUGACACAAAGGAAACCUGGAAACUUGUUCGCGAUUACGGCAAGCGAAUGCAAAAGUUCCGCAAGGGCGGCACCAAGUCUAAGCUUUGCAAGUCUUGGCUAAGCGGAAACACCAUGGGCCCGACACUCGAGGAGUUUGUUAACAAGUCUCUGCCUUCAAUGAAUGUGGUCAUGCAGAACAGCUUCUCAGUUUCAAACCUAGGUGCACUCAAGGCCACUACGGUAUCGGUUGGUGGAGAGGAGCCGGCCGUGAGGAUCGAGGACGUUCAAUUCUCUACCGCCUCUCCUCACGGCGCUGUUGGAUACCAUGGUAUAGUCUUCAAUGUUGCUGGUAUGGCUGGCGGUGAUACGGUUAUCAAUGCGUGCACUGAGGCGGGCAUGGCUCCUGAUGGCUUGGUCCGCUCCGUUCUUGACGGCGUCAUGGCGAGGAUUGAUACCCUAUUGUUGCAACAGAAUACCUCGUCUGAGAAGGAGAGGAAGGCUAGAAGUCAGGUGUAG